AUGUUAUCAUCACUACUAUUUCCAGUCUGUGCUCAAAUUUUAUUAGAUCAAAACAAUAUACAAUCUCAAUAUAUAUCUCCAAAAGGUUUAUCUGGUCGUGUUAUACCAGCUGGAACAUUUCCAACCAAAAUUUUAGCUCUAGAAUAUUUAUAUGGACUUCAAUGUUCAAUACCCAACUUACCACCACGGCCAUAUAAUAUUCAGACAGUUGAUUUAGUACGAAUUGCUUAUGAUAAUGAAUAUUUGAUCAUGCUCAAAACGAAAUAUGUCGAUGAAUGUGAACAAUAUUUAAUGACAAAUGUAUCUUAUGGUUCAUAUGAUAGAGGAGACCAAGGAAAUGUUGCUUGUCGCUCUAUUCAUGCAUAUUUUGUUUCUCUAUUUCCAUCUGUACAUUGUUCACAUGUUGGUCCAACUGGAGGAGGAGCAUGUACUGAUAAAACAAUUGACUUUUAUUAUAAUCAACCAAAUUUUCUUGGUUGUGCUUGUAAACAAUAA